AUGCAAAAAUCCUUAAAGUUUGAUUGCAUAUUUAAUAACCAGGCAGGAUAUUUGAGUUGUAAUGAGCAAUAAAUUUGCAUAAAAUUCUAAAGUGAGGAAGUGAAAUUUCACAUAUCAUUAAAUUUACAUUUGCGAUGGUUUUAUCAGAAUAAAGACCUUGAAAAGUGUUAGAUUGAAAAUAAUGUGUUGUAAUCUUCAUCUAAAAACUUGUGGCAUCUUAAAGAUUAAUUGAAUUCUUGUGUAAUGUACAUGGGUGCAGCAGAAAUUUAUGAAGAAUUGUAGAAAAUAUCAUAAAAUGAUGUAAAGACAGUAAUUGAAUAUAUUAACUUAAGAGUGUAAUAGUAAGAUCAGUAAUCACUGAAGAGAAAUUGUUUUGCAAAGUAUAUAAGAAGCAAUAUGAAUAUUAAUUUCUUUAAGAAGUGAGAAUUUUAAGGAAACUAAGUAAAUAUAAGAAUGUUAUUGCUAUUCGUGAAGUUUAUGAAUCUUCAAAAUAUUUUUAUAUAAUUUUAGAAUAUUUGGAUAGAAAAUUAGAGUCAGAUUAUACUCAUGAAGAAAAUCAGAUUGUUAUAAAGGUACUUUUCAAAACUAUGAUUUAGGAUAUCCUUUAAAUAUUAGAUGUUUUAUAAGAGAAUGGUAUAGUUCAUGGAUAGAUAAGGCCAUAGAAUUUUAUGUAUAAUAAAGAUCAAGUGCUUAAAUUGAUUGGAUUCAGCAAAGCUAUUUUAGAUGAAAAACCAGAUGCAACUGAUAUGUAUGGAUUGCAUAGGGUUUUUUUAUAUCUUUAUAAUUAUUCUAAUACUUCUAUUAAUACAGAUUUAGGAAUUUAUCCAUUAAUUCCUGGUCAUGGUACAAACUUUUUAAAAGGUUUAGUGAACAAUACUUAAUAUAGAAUUAAUAUUAAAUAAGCAUUGAGUCAUCCUUACUUAAAAUGUAAUGAAACAGACCAUUAAAUAGUCUAAGAAUAGUUACAUCCUAAAUUUAAACAUAAUUUUAGUAAUGCAUAAUGA